AUGUCAGCAUUAUUGCUUCUAAUAUUUGUGCCAAUUUCUUCACAAGCUCCAGCGCUCCCAAGUUUGGGACUCCUGAGUGGUCCCGAGGGGCCUCUCAUCAGGGAGUACAUCAACGCAAUUACCGCUUACGGACCUGGCCUAGGAGUCUACACUCCAUACAGUUAUGUCGACGUUUCUUACGACAACAUCCCAUUCGUCGGAAAGAUUCCGAUAAUCGGAAAAGAUGGCACAUCGUCGCGUUUAGGCGUUUCGCCAUUCUAUCCGCCAAACGGCAAUCCCAGCAAUCCAUGGCCUCCAAUGUACAGAGCUCGUCCUUUGCCGCUUCACGUUCCUGAGCCACAGGAUGUCGUCGCCGUUCCACUUGACGAGGAAGCGCUUCACGGCGAGCCACUGUUUCCACCAGAGCUCAUAUUGCCAAGCGAAAAAGCUGCCGAAGAAGAGGCCAAGAAGAAGGCUCUCAAGACAGAAAAGCCGCAUAAUCCAUUUGGAGAUAAUUUGGAGACGUCUCAAGAACAAAAUGACUUGGUGAGUUGGCCAGCCAUUAGCUCUUCAAUCGAAGAAGGACCAGAUCCAAUGGAGCAGAAUCACGUUCAAGAGCCGACCGUCAGCCGCGAUGUAUUCAUCGACGAAGCUCACGAAAAGCCAAUGAAGCCUAAAGAAGCAUCAGAAAUAACGAUCGGGGUGAAUGAUCGACCCAAGAACCCGUUUAGAUCUCGAAGAAUUCUGAUGGAGAGAGCUCAAUGA